AUGAUGGAGGAGCACGCAGACCCUAUGGGGCCCGCCCAGUGGAUAGGGCCGACGCCACUGGUGGAGUCAUUCCAUGUGGCGAUGUGGUACGUGCUGCGGCACUUCGGCGGGGUAGUGGACGCCGCCCAUCUCCUUUCAUGGCGCACGCUCCUCGAAGUGCCGGUGCGCACCGCGCCAAACUCGAGUACAUCCAUCGACUUUGCAGAGGAACUUGAGCUGCUUCUGCGCCUCGCUCUGCAGAAACCCACCUGGCUGCGGGUGCGAGCGCUAGAGGAAAAAUACGCUGAGCAGCUGCACGUGGGUCCGUCACUGCGGCGGUUGGCAGCACUGCCUGUACCUGCUGGCGCUGACGGCGAGAAGCAAGAAAUCAGCCAAGACGAGAUGCUCUUGUGUAUUAUUGAUGGGAGUGUGGUGGCACAGCUCGUGGCGGCGGCUGAUGAAACCGCGAGGAAGAUUUUGUCCACGGCGAGAGUCACUGAGCUGCGGCAGCUCGCCCGUAUCUGUCCACCACAUCGCCGCGAUGAUAGAGGAAGAAGAGAGAAGAAGGGCGGCGACGACGAUAAUAAUAUUGAUGAGGAUAACAAUCCCAAGAGCAGCGACGGUGGUAGCGACGCAGAGCGUGUGGUGGAUGCUUGCGCAUCAGGGGGGCUUCCCUCCCUUACUAUGAAGCGCACUUCCAAAACGCUACCGUCGCGAAAGGAGGAACUUAUCGACUUUAUUCUCUCGACGGGCUGCACUGCGGUGUCGUUCGCCAGUGUCUGGGACACUUUUGUCGGGCCCCUGUGCCGCGUCCACCCUCAGUUCAAGGCGGGUGCGGUGCACAUAAGCGAGCUGCUCCAUGUCUUCACGUAUCCCUGCGGUGCGGGAGGUGUGCUGGGGACGAUGGACUCCGCUGGGCCUGUGCGCCCGCCCUCCGCCGCACUUCUGCUGCUGGCGUCAAGGCUAGCUCCGCAUCAUAAGGCCUGUGGCGUUAAAUUGCCUUCGUUACCGUGGUGGAACGGGUUUGCCGCUGGUGAGGAUCCUUUGCCAGCAUCAUCGCCACUGUGCCUCUUUUUAUCACCUGUGGUGCUGGAGAGCUACAUGGAGGCGUUGCAUCUCCACCAGCAGCUGGUUGAGGCUAGUGAAGGCAAGUCCCGGAGGCGGUGGCACCUCACCUUCGCGACAACGUCACAUGAGAUCAUAGAAAAUGGGCUCGCCCAAUUACAAGAGUAUCAACGGCUGAGUACCUCCAUAGAUACGAAGGAGUCUAUGGCGCACAAGAGGAGGAGGCGCGAAGAGGAGGAGGAGGAGCAGGGUGUUAUUUCUGUGGAAGCCAUGCUGCGGCGUGGGGGUCUGCUUUAUGAGCAUCUUCUCCCUUUCCUCCCCAAGCACGCGUGGUUUGCGUGUGCAGAGAUGCUAGUGCCCGUGUUGCAAUACAACAAAAAGUGGGAGUUGGCCAAUAGGUGGUUGCGGAUGAUGUUGGAGCAGCCAGUGCAUGUUGUAAGGUCGGCCUGUGGUGCCAUCACAUUGCCCUUGUACUACCGCUGUCACAAGCGUGGAAAAUGGUGGCACCGAAUUGCUCAGAAUCUCGUUCACUUGGGGGAUAAAAAAGCGGCAUUGGAUAUUCUUGAACUGCAGCAGCAAAUAUGGCGACAACAGCAUUCCCCACAGCAUUACAUCCAAGCGGAAGAGGCUAAGAACCUACCUGUGCCUGUCCAGCGUCGCGCCCGUCUUUUGUGUGCAUUGUUCCCCUCCGUGAAAGCCACGAAUCAGAAAUUGCAGAAGAACAUCGCAUUAUACAACGCUGUUGGUGAAUACCAUCGACAACGCUUCUGCCGCCGCGCUGACCGUAUCGCCAUUGAGGGAACGAUUGCGUACCUACAUCGAUCCCUGCACCGCUGGACUCCAUUUCCCCCGUCACGUAAGCGCUUCACCAGUCAACUGCUCUCGGCGAGGGAGGUCACGGUGCAUGCCGCGCGGGACCCGGAGGAUGCGACGCUGUGGCGGGACCCGCACCAUACACUCUCCUCUUGUCGCGUUGAGGAGCACGUACUCCGCUGGUUUGUCGCCGGACGGAAGAGCGACGGUGGAUGGGCCGGGCUGCACUGUGAGGGGCGUUGGAUUGCGUCUCUGGCACGUAUCCUCCUAUGGGAUGCUUACGUCUGGGACCCCGAUGCGGAAGGGGAAAAGGAGGCGGGGUGCAUGACACUGGAUGCUGGAGCACCGGCGUUAAUUUGGCUCUCCCCACUGCAGAAUGGCCCGUUGGAUCUCACCAGCACUAUUGAAUUUGCGCGGAGGCGGCGCCAUAUUAUUGAAGAACGAUUGAGAUUCUUUGAAGAGUGCCCUCGAGACACGCUUAUCGACUAUGUGAAGCAGCGGUGUCGAUUGGGCAAUGAGUUGUCAGGCGUUGCAACCUCCACGCGAGACGCGUUGGAUGAUGGCGAGAAGUCGCCGCAUGGAAGCGGGAGCGAGGCGAGUCUGCUCGCCAGUGAGGAUGAUGGGAUUGUGCUGCCCGGUCAGCGGACUCCGCCGCAGAGGAACAAGUGGCAGGCAGAGUGGGCAUCCUUCUCUUCCUGUUAUUCUUCAGCUUGGCAUCUGGUGGAUGUGGGAGAUUUGCCUCUACUGAGCCUUCUUCAGGCCGUUCCGCAGCGACCACUCUGCGCUCUGCUUCGCAGCAUCUAUCUCUCCCAACCGGAGGAGGGCUACAGCAUCCGCUUCUCGGGCUUCCCAGACCUCGUCUUGUGGCGCGAGGUGCCAUCUAUCCUUGGUGACACAAGUUUUAAACUCGUGGAGGUGAAGAGUCCAAACGACACAUUGAGCGAGGCGCAAAUUGCCGUCAUUGAUACUUUGUGCCGCUGUGGUUUUGAUGUGUCUGUGGCUCGUGUCACAGACGGUGCUGAGGGAGCGAGGCAGAAGUGUCGACGCAGUGGGAAUCACAUUGAUUCGGACCAUGCGCAAGACGUCGUGCUUCUGGACGGGUGA